UGGGUGGAAUUAUAUGGUACCUGCGAACUAUCUUAUUUCAAUAAUAAGUCUUUUUCAUAGACUUAAGCGAUACAAAAAUGGAUUAUUUACAUCAAAAUAUCCUUAAAUGCGUGCGAGAAAGUAUAGUUGCUGAUAUGGAUGUAUUUAAUGGCAUAAUACAGCCAUUGAAAUCAGAGUACAUAUUAACAGAUCAAGAUGUAACAAAAAUCAAAGCUGGUGAUUCUAAACAAGAAAAAGCUGAAAUUCUAUUGGAUAUACUUCCAAAUCGGGGACCAGAUGCUUUUGACAAAUUUCGUCAAGCUUUAAGACAUCAUUAUGAAUGGCUAAGUGAAGAAAUGGAUAAACUAGAAGAAAGUGGAAAAAAAAUCAAUGAUAUAAAACAUGUUGGUACACCAAUUCUUCCUCCAGUGUCACCAUUAACUGUGAUUAGAGAGCAAAAGAUGCAACAGUUAAAAGAUUGUCUGGGAAAGUUACAGCCAGAUGAAUAUAUUGUACUUCAUGGAAUGAAAGGAUUUGGCAAAUCUUGUUUAACAGCUAGUACUUUAAAGGACACAGAAUUUGUAACAAAGUCAUUUCAUAAUAAAGUAUAUUGGAUCAAGUUUGGAUACACACGUUUAGUUGAUGAAGAAAUAUUAAUUCAAUUGAACAGACUGUAUCAUCUAGUUAAAAAUUUGGAAAUGUUACCUGAAACAUUAAAAUCGGGACCUUUAAAAGAUUAUUUAAUACAUUCUUUAAAAUAUCAUUUUAGUAGAAAAGAAAAUUCCCAUGCCUUGUUAAUUCUGGAUGAUGUUGGUGAUAACAAAAUAAUCGAAGCAUUUGAUUUUGAAUGUAAAACAUUAGUAAUAACUGCUAAUCUUGCCAUUGUAUCGGAUAAAAGGCCUUUUGUAAUGCAGAUGAAUGAUGGCUUUACGGAAGCAGAAACAUUAGGUCUUUUUGCUAAAGUGUUAGUAACAGAUGUGGAUAAACUACCGUCAGAAGCAAAACAAAUCCAUGAUGAGUGCAAAGGAAUGCCUUUAUUAAUAGCUAUGUUUGCUGCUCAAUUUGAAGAAUUUAAAGAUGAUAUGAAAUUACAAUCAGGUAGAUGGAGGUACUAUUUAAAAGCAUUAAGAAAUAAAGAUGCAAAUAAUCAUGUAAUUAGAAAAUUUCUAGAAAAGCAAGAAGCAAUUUUUAAUAUGUGCAUUGAAAAAUUACCUGCUGAAAUGAAAAAACGUUAUGAAGAAUUAGUCGUUUUUAGUGAAGAUGUUAAUAUAACACCGCAGACGUUAGAAAUUCUUUGGGGAGGGGGUCUAUUUCAAGUUGAAGAAAUGAUGCUGGAGUUAUGUCAUAAAUCAUUAGCUGCUAAACAAUGGAACAAUGAGCUGCAUAGCUACAUAUAUGGUGUACAUGAUUUAUUACUUUGCCAUUUGCGAAAAAAAUUUUCUGAAGACCAAUUAGUACAAAUGCACAGAUCUUUAAUUGAAAAAUAUCGAAAAUAUUGCGGUGGUGAUUUUUCAAAGUUACCAGCGGAUAAUUAUAGUUAUUCAUAUAUUGGAUAUCAUUUAGAAAAAGCAAAAUUAUACGACGAAUUUCCUAACAUGUAUUUCAACUUUGAUUUUAUUGAAUCAACAAUACGUCACAGUGGUUUAAGUAACUUGUUGAUCGAUUUGGAGAACUACAGAAAAUAUAUUACUAAAGAUUCCGAUCCAGUGCUUCUAACGCAUCUUGUUGAUCUCGAAAAGUUCUUAGAAGAACAAGCAAGCGUCAUAGCGAAACAUAGACACAAAAAGUGCCUAGAUAUAGUACAAAUUGCCAUGAAUCAUCCUUAUGAAGGAUUUGUUAAAGAUACCGCCAUUAAGCUUGCAAAAAAAAGAUCUAAAAAUUUAUACGUGCUUCAUGACAAAACAAUGGGACAAAUGGAUACACCAUGGAGCGAAGAAAUGUCAACGGAAAUUUGUACGUCGUGUUUUGCGAGUGAUCCAGAACUAAUCUUACUAGGAAACGGAGCGGGUGAAAUAUUUUUGUGGGAUAGUAUUUAUAAGAGACAAAAGAUCUUUAGUGGACAUGAUAAAAGUAGUAGUAUAAAGAAGAUUAUUAUAUCGACGGAUGGUGACUGUUUUUUGUCAUUAGAUGAUCAGGGUAUAGUUAAACUUUUUAGACUCUCUGAUGAUGAAAAUUAUGAUCACAAUCAUAUUGUUUUAUUAAGCCCUAGACAAAAACAAUCUUUUUGGAGUGGAAUUUUUGCUAGCAAGUUUCCUCGUGAUGAUAGUUCAAUAGAAUUCUUCGUUGAUGGUGAAAUUAUAUUGGACAUGACAUUUGCCCAAGAUAAUAAUUGUAUUGCAGCUUGUACAAACAGAGGGACAAUAAGGGUGUGGGAUCGUUAUGGGCAAAUGGUGUCAAGUCACAGCCAUAAUCCUCAAAGUUAUUUGAAAAACAUAGCAUUUUCAAUGGAAAGCAACUUGCUGCAUAUAAUGGAUGAGACGCAUGGUGUUCUAAUAUCGUAUUGUAAAACUGGCAUAGAAUAUAAAUAUUUGUCUCAGUACAAUCCAAAUUUGCAUAAAAAGAAAAUUAUAUUCUUCCGUAAUGUGCCAGAACAAAAGGAUUCAUUAUUUAUUGUUACUGAAGAUAAAGCUGUAUAUAUAAAAUGGUUCAGAUCAAGUACCGAUCAUAUGCACAGUUAUGAUAAACAGAUAAGAGCGAGCGUUGAAAACAAAAACACAGUUUACAUUUGCGGUGCUGUAACUUACGAUGGCCAAUACUUGGUUUUGGCUGAUUCUAGUGGUUUUAUAAAUAUAUGGAGAGCUGAUGUUGGAGAUCAACCAAUAGCCACAUAUAAAAGUCGUGUAUCUUCUUUGGAUACAUAUUGGUUAAAAGAAGAAGGAUACCACAUUAUCUGUGGUAGUGAAAAGCAGUUACUUCACAAAUGGAAACUUCCAGUAGAAGGAAUUUGUAAAUCAAUGCGGAAACCUUUAUUUGAUGCAGCUGUACAACCAUUUGGUAAACCAGAUAUUGUUGUCACUGAAACUUUCUCGAAUACUAUUGUCACAUUAGUUGGUGAUAAUAUAAUGGCAGAAUCUAAGCCAAUUGAUGGAAAAAUAAAUGACUUAAUUCUCUUACCUGAUACAAGGAAAAUAACUUUUAUUACGGAUAAAGGCAUUGUCUCUUUAUUUGAUAUAGACAAGAAAGAAACCAUAAAUGUCUUACAAAGUAAAGAAUUAAUAAAAAUUAUAAAUAUCCAAAACAAUAAUAUGAUAGUAUGCAGAGAUACAAAUGACAGUUUAAAGGUAUGGCAAAAUGUGGAAGUGGCGUAUUUAGUUGAAAAUACAGGAUUUAUUAUUUCAAUUCAUGAAAUAAAUGAAAAAUGUAUUGUGACAGUGACACGAAACGGUAUAAUAACAGUCUGGAAUAUCAAUGGUACAAAUUGGUCACGAAUAGACAAAGUAACCAUUGGAGGUCCUGACAUUAUCACCAAUUUCAGUUGUACGAGUUAUUGGAAAAAUAUCCUAGUUGUGUUGAAUGAAAAUGGAGAUGCAGUUAUAUAUAACCUGCAGGAAGAUACAAUAAUACUACCAGUGUGUAUGAAAAUAACUGAAUAUUUUAGAAAAAAUUAUACCGAGAAAUUAACAUGUUGUGAAAUUUCACAAAAUCAACAGUAUUUGGCUAUUGGUUUUGAAAAUGGAGAUAUUUCUAUUAUUGAUACAUCGUUGCAAAAAGAAAUACAUAAACUGUGUUUUCAUACAACUUCAGUCUAUCAAUUGUGUUGGGCACCUUCUCCAAUUGAUGCGCCGAUAUUGCUCUCUGUAAAUUCCGAUGAAUUGGCUUGGUGGAAUAUUUCUCUAGCUACGCAAGCAACUAAGCAGAAGAAAAGGCUACGAUUCAAAAUGAAUCGAAGUGCCAGUUCUCCACUAGUUAGCGAAAAUGCAACUAAUAAUUUGCAUAUGUCUACUAGUCAAAGUGCAGACUCAAAUAUAUAUAGCGCGCAACGCCAAAUCGAAGGUAAUAGUACCACGAACGGUGUAUAUAAUGUAAGUAACUUUUGGAAGUUUAAGGAAGGUAAAGAUCCAAACCAGCCAGCACUAUUAGGUGUGGCCGAACUGCCUUCGAAUUUCCUUGCAAAGGUGUGUAUAUCUACUGAUUUCACAAAGUUUGUUACAGUUGACAUAUAUGGAUCAAUUAGUACCUUUACAGUGUGUGGAUACGAUUAA